UAUCAGCCCAGCAUCCCCGUAUGAUAUCCCCAGCACUGCCAUGUCACGUAACCCCUAGAGCGCCGUUAAGCUUUCGCUUGCGAGAAAGGAGACGCCACAGCCGUUCCUUUUCACACAUAUGCCUGCCCAUGUCCCAUUUGGUCUCAUCAACGCCAAGACUGCCUCUGAUGCAGUUCACCGCCACCGCUCUCCUGGCCCUCUUCGCUGUCACGGGCGCCCCGGCCAUGGCAGCUCCCACCCCCUUCGAAGGUAUCGCCGUGCCCAAGCCCAACCCGGCGCCCAAGGGCACCAACCCCAUCAAGGCCGCGGCCAAGAAGGUCGGCGAGGGCGCGGCGGUCUGCGUCCUCGGAGCCAUCCUUUGCGGGAAGAUGGCCGUCGACGCCAUCAAGGGCAAUUCGCCCAAGAUCUAUGGCCGCGAGGACGUGCACACCAUCGGCAACCUCGAGGCUCGCAGCCCCGAUGCUGACGUCCCCUACGUCGCCAUCGUCACCCGCGACACUGCGAUCGACGAGGAGUCUCAGGAGGAGGCCCCGGAGUCGUUCGACGAGGAGGCCGAGGAGUAA